AUGAGUUUCUUAGCUUUUGCAAUAAUGCUAGGAAAUGCGGUGGUCAUUAUAGCUUUCAUGGUGGAUAAAAACCUUAGACAUCGAAGUAAUUAUUUUUUCCUCAAUUUGGCCAUUUCUGACUUCUUAGUGGGUAUGAUCUCCAUUCCUUUGUACAUUCCUCACAUGCUGUUUAAUUGGAACUUUGGGAAUGGAAUUUGUGCAUUUUGGCUCAUCAUUGACUAUCUUCUUUGUACUACAUCUGUGUAUAACAUUGUUCUCAUCAGCUAUGAUAGAUAUCAAUCAGUCUCAAAUGCUGUUGCUUACAGAGCCCAAAACACCAAAAUCUUGAAGAUUGUGGCUAUGAUGGUGGGCGUCUGGGUGCUGGCUUUCUUAGUGCAUGGACCAGUUAUCCUAGUUUCAGAGUCUUGGAAGAAUGGGAAGAGGAACUGUGAACCUGGAUUCUUUUCAGAGUGGUAUAUUCUUGUCAUCACAUCUCUCUUGGAAUUCCUGGUUCCCGUCUUCUUAGUGGCUUAUUUCAACUUGUACAUUUACUUGAGAAUUUGGAAGCGUAGUCAUCACAGUCAGCAGCAAAGACAUACCAGUUUCUCUUCUGUCUCGUCCAGUAAUUAUGGACACUCAUGUAGGCUUUUAAGAGCAGAUAGUUCUGGGCUGAAGAAAGCAGCACCAUCCCUUCAUCUUGAGAGACAGGGAAGAAAAAGUAGUCUCUUCUUUUCUUUAAGAACCAAGAUGAAUAUCAAUAUAAUCGCUUCCAAAGUGGGUUCAGUCUAUCAUUUGGAUUCUGUAACUCUUCACCAAAGGGAACAUUUUGAAAUUCUCAGAGCCCAGAAAUUAGCCAGGUCGCUGGCUAUCCUCCUAGGUGUUUUUGUUGUAUGCUGGGCUCCCUAUUCUUUGUUCACACUUUUUCGUUCAAUUUACCAUUCAAAUCAGUACCCUAAAACAAUAGAGUAUGAGAUAACAUUUUGGCUUCAGUGGCUUAAUUCACUUAUUAAUCCAUUUUUGUACCCACUAUGUCACAAGCAUUUUCAGAAGACUUUCUUGAAGAUUCUUUGUAUAAAAAAGUAAUCUGUAUGAUCCCACAAUCAGCCAGUGUUCUCUUGAAAAUAGUUUUCUUGCUCAUAUAAAUGUUAGUGUUUUAUCUAAAUGAAUUUGAUUCAU